CCCAUCGCCUGCCUGCCUGCCCGAGCCAUGCAGGUGGGGGCAGCGGGGGACCCCCAUGGGGUCUGGGGAGACAUGCCAGCAGGAACAUAUGUCAUCCCACAUGGGCUCCAACCUGGGAGAUCUGGUGAGGCCAUGCCGGUGCCCCAGCAGCCAGUGAUGAUCCUCCAGCAGCUUCCCAGGACUGCCCUGGCCCCCCCCACUGGACCCCCACAUGUCCGGGGAGCAGAUUUAAUUGAGUUGAUGAUGAUUCAAAACUCCCAAAUGCAUCAGGUGGUGAUGAACAGCCUCACUGUGUCAGCACUGAUGGCCUUUGGGUUUGGGACAUCCCCAGCUGCUGCCCAGGCAAUGGCGGUGCCUUUACAGACCGGAGAGGAAAAGGAGGCUGUGGUUUUCCACCAUCACUACGUCCCCUACCCCAGUCCUGCUCCUAUCCUGGCAUGGCCGGUCCCGGCGCAGGGUCGGAGGCUGACGGCCAUGCGGUACCUGGGCACAGGCUCAUUAGCCGAGGAUGGGGAGGUCAGUGCGGUUCCGCCCCCUCCACCCCCCAGUGCCACGGGGACCGUGGGAGCCAGUGUCCCACCAGCAUCAGAGUACUAUGACAUGGUGGAGGAGAGGCUGUGA